AGACUCUUCCUGCGCAUGUAAACAUCUGAGCGUCACGUGAUCGUGACGCCAUCAGUCUGCGACGCCGGGGAGACGAGCGAGAGCGUGCGGCUGUCAGAAAGGAAAGCGCAAGAUUACACUUUUAUGUUCUUGGUGCGAUCUCUUUUCAAGAUGUCGGGCCACACACCCUCACUCUUGAGACUGGAACAGAAGGCCGUGGAGGCUGACCAGAUCAUCGAGUAUCUCAAGAAGCAGGUCCAGAUACUGAAGGAGAACGCCAUUGUUCAGGCGACCGUCAGAGAGGAGAAGAAGCUGAUGGUGGAGAACGCCAAACUCAAGAAGGACAUCGAAAUACUGAUGAAACAGCUGCUGGAGAAGGAAAGGGCGAGAGGAGUAAAAGACAUGGCCAUGCCUUCGGUGGACCACGGCGUCCAGUGUGUGUCUAAACCAACAUCAGCAGCUCCAUCUGCCCCAGCAGCUUCUGCACCUGCCCCAGUUCCAAAAAACCCUCCAGCCAAAGACAACGAUGCUACAAAAAAGAUGAAGGCUGAGAAAAAAGGUGAGAAGAAAGAAAAGAAAGCAGCUGCCCCGCCCCAGGAGGAUGCGAAAGUGGAUGUUUCACGGUUGGAUCUCAGAGUGGGCCGCAUUAUCACCGCCGAAAAGCAUCCUGAUGCAGACUCGCUCUACGUCGAGCAGGUGGAUGUUGGGGAAGCGGCUCCACGUACUGUUGUCAGUGGUCUGGUCAAACACAUCCCUCUCGAUCAGAUGCAAAAUCGCAUGGCUGUGCUCCUGUGCAACCUCAAGCCUGCCAAGAUGAGAGGCGUGUUGUCCCAAGCCAUGGUCAUGUGUGCCAGUUCUCUAGAGAAGGUGGAAAUCCUGGAUCCCCCGAGCGGAGCCGUGCCCGGAGACAGGGUUUCUUGCCAGGGUUUCCCAGGUGAGCCUGACAAAGAGUUGAACCCUAAGAAGAAAGUGUGGGAGCAAGUCCAGCCGGAUCUGCGUACUGACGAUAAAUGUGUGGCCACUUAUAAGGGUGCUGCCUUUGAGGUCGCCGGAAAAGGGGUUUGCAAGGCUCAGACGAUGAACAAGAGUAGUAUCAAAUAAGAAAGCCUUAUAGAGCUGUUACAGAGCCAAAACAUCCUCCUGUAAGAAGUGAAGGGCUUGUUGCCUAACCUCUAGACCUCUUGAACUGCAUUGAUGGAAGGAUAAACGUAUAUGAUUAAUAAACUAUUUGAAUACUAA